CUUGACUGGAAUGAUGCGCGCAGGGUGCCUGCCUGUCACCGGCAUAUUGCAGUUCGCAGGGGGAUUCAUGCCCUGGAAGAAUCAGUGGACAUUAAUUUAUUUCCAAAAGGAGAAUUAUGUUAGUAAACUGAGGACCGGCAUACAAUGGGCGACAAAUUCGAGUUAUUGAGGAAGACGCCAACCAAAAGCACCACUGCGCGAAAGCAAGAAGGCAAGCUGAGGAUACGCGUCAUCUUCCUGGACGGCAGCGAAUGCUUUUUCGAGGUUGAGCAUAGGAUUUUGGGUGGGGAUUUUUUCAACAAAGUGUGCGGGCACCUGAAGCUGCUGGAGAAGGAGUACUUUGGGCUGGAGUUCCGUCACCACACUGGUACCUAUGUUUGGCUGGAGCUACUCAAGCCCUUAUCAAAACAGAUCAGAAAGGAUUCCAGUGAUCUGGCCUUCCGCUUCAUCGUCAAGUUUUUUCCCCCAGACCCAGGACAGCUACAGAGAGGAUUGACGAGGUAUUUGUUUGCCCUCCAGGUGAAACAGGACUUGUCCAACGGCAGUCUGACAUGCAAUGACAACAGCGCUACCCUCAUGGUCUCUCAUAUACUACAGUCAGAGUUAGGGGACUAUGAUGAAGAGCUGGAUGCUCAUCACCUGGAGAAUAAGAAGUACAUUCCAAAUCAGGAGUACCUGGACCACAAGAUCAUGCGCCUCCACAAGAGACACAGAGGCCACACUCCGGCCCAGUCGGAUGUGCAUCUGCUGGAGGUGGCACGUAAGCUGGACAUGUACGGCAUCCGGCCUCACCCUGCCCACGACGGAGAGGGCAUGAGAAUCAACCUUGCGGUCACACACCUGGGCGUGCUGGUCUUCCAGGGCAACACCAAGAUAAACACCUUCAGCUGGGCGAAGAUUCGUAAGCUGAGCUUCAAGAGGAAACACUUCUUAAUAAAGCUGCAUGCUAAAGUGGUGCCCUCACGAAAAGACACGGUGGAGUUUGCAAUGGCUAGCCGGGAUGUGAGCAAGGCCUUUUGGAAAAUGUGUGUGGAGUAUCACGCUUUCUUCCGCCUGACCGAGGAGCCCAGGUCACAGAAGAAGUCCCUGCUCUCCAGCAAAGGCUCCAGCUUCAGAUUCAGUGGCCGAACACAGAAACAGCUGCUUGAAUGUGUUGAGGGCGGAGACAUGCGGCAUGCGUCCUCUGAGAGACCGUACUCCAGAUCUGACUACAGGUCUCGACAGUGCAGAUCCUCUCCAGACAUCCUCACGGCGGUCUCUAAACAGUUGUAUGAGGAGGCCCACUCGUUCCCUCACCCUGCGCUGGGCCAUCUGCACCCUGACGAGGUGGGCACCUCCAAGCGCAGUCGCUCAGCCGACCUGGUGGACCGCUCCUCGCCCUACCACUCCCUCGACCCCUCGCUGGAGCGCUACCCGUCGUCCCCCCGGCUGGCCCAGCGUCACCAAGGCCGGGCGCCAGAGCGCAGGAGCGGGCGCUCGGUCGAGGCAAACAGCACCCACCGGACGGGACAUGGCGGCCAGCGCCGACGCCACUCGCCCAGCGGCCAGCAACACCUGGUCCUCCUCUAUCCCAGCAGCCCCCACCUGCAGUUCCACCCGGUGCUGCCCACCUUCCCGCUGGCCGCUGCGACCGCCACUGCCGCUCACCCGUACCUCGCCCCGGCCCACAGCUCGUCCGCCUCGCUGGAGCGCCUCCCGAUGGUCCGACCUGUCCACGCCGGCCCCAUGGAGUACAUGCCUCAGCCGCUCAGCUGCUACCCAGAAUCCUCCCCGUCCUUCGCCGCCCAGCGGGUGCAGCAGAGGAUCCAGGCGUCGAGGCUCGGGGUGGCGGCGGCGGCAUCGGCGCGCUCCAGGCUGCGCUCGGAGACGGCGGGCCGCCUGGGGAUGGGCGCUGGCCGGCGGCUGGAGGUGGGGCGGCUGGAGGUGGGCCAUUACAGCGACGACUCCUCCUUCCACACAGGGCUGCCCCGCCGCUCCACUAGCCAGCCCGACGUGGACCCCCGCCACCCGCUGGCGCCCGCUGCCACUGCUGCCCACGCCUCCGAGUACCGACCCCUGGGCUACUACCCCCACUUGUCCCGACAACAGCUGCCCGCCCGGCCCACCUACCUGCCCCUCAUCUCCUCUCCGCUGCCCGAGCGGCCGAGCUCCCUGUGUGUGCUGGGCACGAGCAGCUACAGCGACUCCGACUCCGACUUCUGCCCCUACUACUACCCCGCCGUGGGUAAGAUGGUACGUUCCGCUCCGCUGGCGCGCAUGCGCUUCUCCUCAGGGAGCCUCCAGCUGGAUGAGGAAGAGGAGGAGGAGGAGGAGGAGGAAGAGGAGGAGGAGGACUCGUACAGUCACAGCGGGGCAGGGCCGUGCGGACCCAUGCCUGUGAAGGAGAUCAAGCUGUAGCUUCAGCAGAUGCUCACGCUGGAAGGCCAAAGCUACAAGGCCGUUGGACAGUACACAUGCCUGGUGCCUGAAUACAACCUCAGCAACCUCGACCGAACUCACAGCAACCCUCUGAUUUGACAGUUUGAUACUGUCACACACAAAUACACACGGAAUGGGAUUGAGUUAUGACACCAAACGUUAUAUCUAUAGUAUCUAUGAAGCAGGAAAAUCUCUCAUAAUCAAUAUAUUGCAAAUGGGUCAUGGUUGUUGGAUGGGCAGUUGUGUGCCAAGGUUUGGGUACCCCUGACAUUUUGUUUUUGAAGUACAAAUGAGUAAAUGCAACCCAUGUAGAAGAAGAGACUUGUUGACAGAAAAUAGCAAUAUAAGAUCAGGGGUUCCCAAACUUGUACACAGAACUGCAAUGUUUAAUGGUUGUUUGUGUGUUCAUGGAUGAGGUGAAUGAGGAGAGUAUGACACUGACUAAAACACUGAGGCAUUAUGUAGCUGUUUUCAUCAUACAGUCAACCUCAUUUUAAGCCAGUGGACUGAGCCUUAGAAAACAGGCAUUCUGUGUUCUUGAUAUUUCUAGUUGCAAUACCAAGAACACCUGUAAGCCAAUUUAAAAAUGAAAUCAAAAUAAUUCAACAUUCUUAUUUUACAAUUCUUGACUGAGCAACAAACGCUAAGAUGUGCCAGUGGAUGAAAAUUGUAAAUGUAUAUUCUAUGUUCAAAUCCAGUCCAGUAGCUGCCCCUAUCUUUAGCCAGAUACGGCCAUCUUCACUUUUUCACCAUCUCGGGUUCACGCCCCCUAAUCUCAGGUCAAAAGUGAAUUGGACACAAGACAGCAGAAGGCUACAUCAAUCUUCUUUAUCUACCGGUAGUGUGUGUUUAUGUGUGAUGUUAAAACUGAGACUCCCCAUGGCUUGUGUGUGUGUGUGUGUGUGUGUACUGUAUGUAGUGAUGUGUGGAGGGAGCGAUUCCAAAAUGAUACGAUUACUUGUGUGUUUUGUUUUGUGAGUUGUUUUGCUUGGUGCUUUGUUCCACUGUGGUAGGUGUGGUCUGCUGGGUGGGGUGUUCUACAUGGUUUAUUGACUAAUCUGGAGAAGUUAACUCAGAGUUAGUAGUAGUAAACAUUCUAACAGAAGCCCUUGGGCCUUUAUUCUCUUAGCAAAACAAAUCCAUAAGGCUCCUCCAGAGUUUCUACAUACUCUGAGUUAACCUUUGUAACAACACAGCUCAUUAUCUAAUCUGGCUCAGUCAGUAAACCAUAUUCCCCCAGUUAUCUGAUAGGUCUGGUUUAUAGGCGAUAGGUUCCGUGUGGGCAGAUCAGGCCAAACAAGGAAUAAGGCACUAUGAUCAUUUAAUUGAUAAGAUACAGUAGUACUUGGUCUUUAAACACAUGUUUGCCUUUAGAGCAGACCAGCCUAGGACUAAGACUGGAUAUUUCUGUGUACUUUUGAGUAGAUUAAUUACAGUUGUACAUAUUCGCUUUGAAUUUGGUCCAUUGAAUAAGUUUAUUUGUUUGUACAAAUUGGCAUUUAAAGCCUAAAAUAAAAAUAAAAAAACCUUUGGCCAUAGUGCUGA